AUGGCGUGGUGGCAUCUUGUUGUCGCGCAGCCAUGCAUCGCCCUCGGCGUGGUUAGCGUUUUCUAUCUGCUUUCCCUGGCUGUAUAUCGACUAUACCUUUCACCAAUCGCUCAUUUUCCAGGACCCAAGCUCGCCGCGUUAACGAUGUGGUAUGAAUUCUACUACGAUUCCUAUGUCGGUGGUCAAUACGUCUUCGAAAUCGCCAAGAUGCAUCAGAAGUACGGCCCGAUAGUACGGAUCAGUCCAUAUGAACUCCACAUUGACGACCCGGAGUACUACGAGGUGUUGUACUCUCGAGAUAAGCCUCGCAAUAAAUCAGUCCAUUUGACCGGCAUGUUUGGAGCGCCCGAUUCUGCGUUCGGUUCUGUCGAUCACCGUCGUCAUCGGAUCCGCCGACAGCCUAUGAACCCGUUCUUCUCCCAGCAACGAAUCAGACACCUGGAGCCAAUGCUCCGUGGGAUGAUGGAUAAGCUGCGCAAUGGAAUGAAGGCCUGGAAGGAAAGAAACACCCCACUGCAGAUGUACCAUGCGUUCAACGCAUUUACUACAGAUGUGGUUGUGGAGUAUUCCAUGGGCGAAUCAUUUCACUAUCUCGAUGACCCCGAAUUCACCCCGCAAUGGUCCAAGACAAUCCAAUCGAUCGUGACGAUGGGUGUGCAACUUAAACAGUUUCGAUGGGUGAUUGGAUUUUUCGAAUUACUGCCACGGUGGUUGGUUGUCAGUCUCAACCCGGAUAUUGGCCCGGUCAUCGACCAGAAAGCAGAAAGUCUCCGACUGGCAAACUCGAUAAUCAACAGUGAAAAGUCCAGUUCUGCCCCCGCAGAUGACAAGGCUAGUUUGCCAAAGAAUACAUUGUUCCAUGCACUGCUGGACAGCAAGCUUCCUGCUGAAGAAAAGUCAGCCAGUCGCCUAAGUCAGGAAAUCUUCACGGUCAUCACUGCGGGCGGAGAAACGACUGCGAAGAAUUUGACAACACUCACUUUUCACCUUUUGAACAAUCCCGACAAGCUACAGAAGCUGCGCGAUGAGUUGAACCGACUUGACCCCGAUGGAACAGCGUCUUUGGUGGAAUAUGAGACAAUGCCCUAUUUGACAUCUGUCAUGCUCGAGGGACUAAGACUCGCAGACGCUAUCUCGACAAGACUUCAACGCAGCUCGCCAACUGAUCCGAUGAAAUACAAGGACUGGGUCAUUCCCCCUGGGACACCCGUUGGCAUGACCGGCAUUUUCAUGCACCAUAAUAAAGACAUCUUCCCCGACUCGCAAAGCUUCAUUCCAGAGCGCUGGAUGGAUCUGGAACAGCGAAAGUAUCUUGAGAAAUAUAUGGUAGCUUUCAGCAAAGGUUCCAGACAAUGCAUUGGUAUCCCUCUUGCCCGAGCUGAGAUUCUCUUGGCCGUUGCUACUAUUUUCCGGGAAUUUGACAUGGAGCUGUACGAAACCACUAUCGAUGAUGUUCGUACUGCAAAGGAUAUGUUCAAUGGCCACCCGAAAGAUGGGAGCCAAGGUGUUCGUGUCAUGAUCAAGGGAUGGAAUGGAAGUUCUGCGACAAGCAAAAUUUGUUCCUGA